AUGACAGCGGUGGACGUUGCGACGCUGAUGGAAGAUGACAUUUCUGUCUGUCUGGGUGGCUUCACAAAGGAGCUGGUGUAUCAGCAGCUUCUCCACUGCAGUGAGGAAGGGUCCUUGCUGCGCUUGCUCACUGUGGAGCUGGUGGCGAACGAUGGCCGCACGCUGGUGCUCGCGGCUCCGCAACCUUCAACAGCGGGGAGCGACGCAGCCAGCGCCUCGUCGUUGCUUAUGGACAUCGCUGGCACUGGCGGGGAAUCCGCUAUGCAGCCGGCAGCGACAGGAGACGCUGCCGUUGCACAUCCCGGCGAUCUGUUGCUCCUUCGCUGCCAGCCGAGGCGACCCUCGGAGAACGCCGCCGAGGCGUCCGCCACUGCCAGUGAUAGCGGAGCGGCGUCGGGGGCGGCUUGGGCGACGCACCAGGAAUUCAUAACAUACAACACGUCACUUUUCACAGCCUCAGACGUCGAUCUCUGGCGUGAGGCGGUGGAGGGGAGCAUAGUGGUUGUGGUGCGCUGGCUGGCGACGCUACUGGAGCAGCCACCGGGUCUCGCGCAGCUGACCUUUCUCGAAGCAGCGGCAUCAUCUUCGUCACCAGGCGCUGGAGGCAACGCUGGACGCGAGGGCUGGCGGCGCACGUUGCAGCUCCCGAUGCUGCUAAGCAUUAAACCGGACGCCAUGCGCGGCGCCGAUGCGAAGACGCUCGACCGAUUGCGGCGCACCGUCAGCUUUGCGCUGCGCGCCCUACUCGCCGUGUUCCUGCAUGUGGAGUCAGCUAUGCGCCUGCCGCGGCUGUGCCACCGGUUGGUAUAUCUCUUCCUCGCGUCCCCGCUGUAUGUGGACGGGGCUUCGCAGGUGGCGAUGCAGCUGGUUGCCGCGGAUUCCGGCGCGUCUACCCGGCAGCUGAUGGCGAACACACUGCACUCCUGCCUACUUCUGGGGUUACAGUACGCGAGCGGUAGCGCUGCUGUUUCGAUGGACGCCUUUCUCGCCACAGCCGAGGUGCGACGCAGUGCUCGGCAAGCCUGCAACUGUGUGGAGCUGGUCCUCGCCCGCCUCUCUCAUGUAUGGUUGCAGCAGUCCCACAGCGGGCGCAGCAAAGAAGCCGCGAUGGAUGUGAGUGGGUCGGAGGAGGCGAUCUCCGAGGUGCUCGAAGCGGUGGCUGCCACCGGCAUCUUGAAGGAGGUGCUGCGCUGGCUGCAGCUCGAGGACGAUAUGCGACGCUCGCACGACCGCUUGGACACAAACCGCAGCGGCGCCAGCGACGACGUGACAGACACCCUUGCCGAGCUUCUUGUUCCGCCCACCCUACAACGCAUCCAAGACGGGCGGCACUUGCAAGAUCGCGCGGUGACGGAGCAGUUGGCGGCUCUGCGGCGCACCUACAAUCCGUACCUCAGCCGUGAGGUCCAGCAGUUUAUCCGCGGCACUGCGCUGGCAGCCUACGCUGAGCUAUACGGCAGCACCGCUCGCGCGGUGCGACGCGUGACAAAGCUCUCUGGCGGCUCAGAGGAGCUGUGCAGAGGUCGUGUCGAGGGAGUCAUAGCUGUCCGUGUGAGCGGCGUGGAGGCUGUAGGCCCGCGGUCUGGCGGGUUGGCGGAGUACUCGCUGGCAGAGGUGCAGCACUACGCAGCCUUUGGUCUGCCGGUUCACUUGUGUGUGCAAGGCUCUCGCGAGCGGCGGCACCAAGACGAGAUAAAGGCGCUCGUGUCAGCACUGCAGUCGGCCCGAGUGUCCGACACGGAUGCCUCCCUCUUCGCCUAUGCCGUUGUACAGCUCAAUGGCCAGUGGGUCAUCUUUCCAUUAGUGCUCACGCACGCGACAAGUGACCGCUCGGCCGGGGAAAAAGGCAGCAGCGCCUCCACUGCCUCUUCUCGAGUGACGGCACACGUGCUGCGUGAUGCGGAUAUGCUCGCAGACUUCGUCCUUACGAGCGCCGCGGCUUCAGAAGAUGGACAGGCGCAGGCGUGGAUUGUUUUAGGGGCAGAGGCGGCGGGGCAUCAGCGACGCGGCUCUCGACGUCGGCGCGCGGCCUUGCUCUCUGCAACCGCCGCUGCGCCGCCGGAGCGGCUCCUUCCGGCCGGCACGCCAGCCCUGACGUACCUUGACUGCCUCCGUCGCCUUCACGCCUUGUCUCUCAGUGUACGGCAGGCGGAGGCGGGCGUGAACGGCAAGGGCCGCAUCAACACGGGGAACGGUCGCGGCGGCAGCCGCAGCUCAGGCCAGCCGUUCGGCGCGGACGCAGUGUCGGGUCUGUGGACCGAGCACUUCACAGAUGGUGCCGUCCCGAUGCAGCGCUACGUGUCAUCUCUCACAGCUCCAGUAGCUGCCCUGCUGUCUGGCUCCGGCAAUGGGCUAGAUGCCGCCGUGUCUUCGACGUCGUCAGGCGCGAGCGGAAAGCGACUGGGAGAUGCGCCGCUCAUUUCACUGCAGACCCUUCUGGCCUCGGUAAACGAGGCUGUCGGCUUCUCUUCAGCACAGGUCGAAGCUCUCCACUCCCUCACCGCGGGUACCGGCAUCUCCAGAAACGGCACCGGCGCCGCGGCGCAAGGGAGCAGCGGGGUGCCUGUCUCGGUGAGGGUGGUCGAUGGGUGUACGGGGAGCGGCAAAACCGCCGUUCUCUACGCCUCAGCGCUGGUGCGCGGCAAGCUGCACGCAGCCGCGCGUCAGGAGCAGCAGCGGAGCGUGCAGGGCGGCAUCAAGCACGCAAUGGCGUCAGUUAAGCAGAUCGUCACUGCGCUGCGUUGCGCCACUAUGGAGGAGCUCUUCUCCAUCUAUGCCGGCGGACGUGCUGGGGGCAGCUUGUUGGAUGAGGCGAGCCUUAUCGUGGCAGAGGCUCGUCAACUGUACCAGCAGCUCAACGAGGGGUUCCUGUACUGUUCCACGCCGUUGCUGCUGCGCCCCGCAGUCGCCACGUCUACCGUACCGGCCUCGGUUGGCCAGUUUCUCUUCGGCUCCAGCAAAGGCCUCAUGGACGAGGAGCAGGAGAGGGGGAGGCGGAACGGCGCACGCAACACGCAAGUAGCGUGGCAGUUAAGCGAUAUCGCCUCUCUCGCAGCUCUGGUUAAGGAGUCGCACACGCGGUCUUUCAACGCCCCACUAACGACGCAGCUCAACACGGAGCUGAGCCGCCUUGAGGCUACCGGCUUGUGGAGCGGCGGGUGCCGUGCCGCAGUAUCAGUGGCUGCGCCGCUGCUCUCGUUGACGCUGUCUGCGCGUGACGCGGCGGAUUUGAUGGCCCGCGCGAGUACUUCCUCUUCGACCGCGCAAAGCUGGGCGGACUUCAUCGUGAGAGACUUCUGGCCGGAUUGCGACGUGGCCACGUCCCUCUACCUCGUUGCCUCCGCUGCGCAUGGCGGAGCCUCUUCAGCGACGUGGGAGUUGCUGAACGCCGCACCAGAGGGGCGCUACGCGCCGGUUACGAUGCCGCCUACCACGCACCUCUCCUUGUUAUCUAAGGAGCAGCUGGAGGGGUGGCACAUCGUGUACCUUGAGAAGCAGAGUGAGCUGGCGCAGCACAUCCACGCGGCUGUUCACGAAUCUGUCAAGUCGCUCUUCCAGUCCUUUCUGGAUCUGGUCUGGGGUGUAGCGGCCACUUCGCAGAGCACUCGACACACUGUCCUGACCAGCACCCCGACAGAGCUGACGCAGGGGCUGCUGCUGCCAUACCUCUGGUGCUGGCAGCCAUCGCACAUGUGCAUCGACGACAUCGAUGCGGUGCAGGACAGCAUUUUCGCAAUGCUUACCCCAGUGUCCAGCUUUGUCUACUCGCUCACCUCUGAAGUGCCAGCCUUUCAAGAGCGUCGCCGAUCGCAUGAGCGCAUUGUGCUGGCGUUGCUGCGGUCGCUGCACACGGAGCUGAAGCGCACUGGAGACCUCACCACCACAGUUUUACGUGACUCGCUGCGAUGCCGCCGUGCGGAAGUGCAGGCGCUGCUGCGCUACACUAUCGAGGACACCCGGGCUCUAUCCAAGGUCACAGAGGAGCCAGCGAACGGCGAAGGCGAUGACGCUCAGCAAGACGGGGAAGACGGCGAGGCGUCGGGGAGGCUUCAGGGAGUCACCGACACUGCCUCACCACCCCCGGCAUUUCUCGGGCUGGCCUCUCAUAGCGCGGUGGAGGUGUGGAGCCAUGGUGUUUCGAUGGAUAACUGCGUUGCUGCCGACACCGCUGCAGCGGUAUUUCUCAUGGAGUAUCUCUCCAGCUACCACCCUGCGCGUUGCGACGACGCAUCGACGACGACGACGCCACCCGCGCAAACAUCUUUCGGCAUCUACACGAGCACCGCAGGCGAGGCGGAGACGAUCUCGGCGGCGCUGUCGAGGUCCGCGCUCUUGUUAUCUCCCCAUUUCCGGCGGUCGGUGCGGGUGUGGAAGGAGUCACUGGAGGAUGCCGGCAACGAGGCCGUCUCCCCGGCGUCCGCGGUGAUGACCGCGCCGCCAGCGGGGACCACGACCAUGUCCUACACCAGCCUUGAAGAGGCGGAGUGCGAGGUGGAGGUGGGCAUUGUGUGCCUCUCCGGCCUGCUCGAGGUAGUGAUUGCUGCGCUGCAUAAGAGUCGCGGCGGUACCUCUGGCACCGUCGCCGACGGUGGUAGCCAUCGGCCAGACGUGCGGCAUGAGCAGUGGCAGCAGCUUUGGGCAGAGUCGUCUGACGGAUCCGCGUCGCUCUUUGUCACACGCCUGCAGUGGUGGCUGUGGCGACUGCUGCGACGAGUGCGUCAUGGCGUGUUUCUUAUCGGCAGCCGCGAGCUGUUCGCUUGCAUCCCGCUGUUCGCCAAGGCCGAGUCUCUCGUGCAGCGUCAGCGGCGCCUACUGGCGCCGAAGGAUCAUCGGGGAUACUGGCUGCCGUCUGAGGUGGGGGCCAGCGUGCUGGCGAUGGUGUGCCCAGACCACUUCAAGUGUCGCCGUAUCGCCGUUGUGCGGGAGCACGACGACGCCAAAGCUGCCCCAGCGCCGGCGCCGGAAGGAGACGAGGAGGACGCGGACGCCGAAGAGGAGCUCGUGACAGUUCAGGUGCAUGGCCCUACCGAGUGCCUCUCGCUCUGCCUGCAGGUGUACAACGCGUGCCCCAACUCUUCGCAUGCUUGCCUGAAACCGUGCCAUGCGCAGCACCGCAUCGGCACUGCACACCUUGAGGAGAACGGCUGCACAGCGACGAACGAGAUUACCCACGCGUCUUGCCCAUACCCCUGUGGUGCAGUACUGCCGUGUGGCCACACGUGCCAUCGUGUCUGUAGUGCGUUGUGUGCGCCGUGCGCCUACACCGGUCUGACAGAGUUGACGUGCGGCCAGCGAGUGGUGAGCGGCACAGACAGCAACCAGGUGAUUCAGUACGCCUUUUUCCACCAUUUCCAGGAACGUCGCUGCGGGGAGCCAACGGGACUCUGUCGCACGCCGGUCUCCGUCAUGUGUACACGCUGCGGCACCCGCUCCACGGUUGCGUGCCACUGCGUCACGGCGCAGCUGUCACGCCGACAGCUCGCUGCUGAAGAGGAGACCGGGGAGAGUGCCGUGGCCGACGACGGCACGUACGUGCUCGAUGAGACGGCGUGCGCUGGGUGUGUGGCGCUCUACAACAAGGUUGCAAAGAAGUUUGGGUACGAGCUUCUCGCUACACCACCGGUAGACCACGCCCAGAGCGGCCAUCACGGCCGCAUGGCUGUACAUCCGCACGGCGGGGUAGAUGCGGACGACGGCGACGAGGAGGGGGAGGACGGCGAGACGAUGGGCACCGCGCUCCCACGCCAUCUCCUCUCCACCGAGGCUCAGACUGAGCUUCGCCGCGAGUUCACCAUCGCUAGCAAGAAGUCCGAACUGCUUGUGAGGAAGGAGGCGCUGGAGAUCAGCAGCGGACGAGCGACGGAGAAGACGGACUACGAAGUGUACCGUGCGCAGUACACGGCGUUGAGGACCACACUGCAGUCACAGGAGAAGGCCUCGCGAGACGCGUAUCAGGCGGUGCUGGACGGCUGGGCUGUGAAGUUGCGGCACGCGCUUGAGGUGCAGACGGCCCUCAACACCGAGCUGGACACGUUGAUGCCGCGCCUGGUGGCGGAGGCGACCGAGGAGGCGCAGGUGCAACGACUACAGUUUGCCGAGUAG